GCGAGCCUUACACGUUCGAACGUACGCGGUCUUUAAACUCUACCUUGAAAGUCAUACAGUCGGCUAGCGUGUAUAUAAGCAACUCCAGCAAGUUGUUUUAGGUUAAAGCGUUGGGUACCAGUUGUGCCCCACAGAAUACACAAAAAUAAGGGCAAUAUUUAACGUAAAAUUUACCCUUAAAAACAACUCGUGCGAUCGAACCGCGGCGUUCAAUCAGCCUGAUUAUUUGUGAGGUUUUGUUGUAAAUGCACAGUGUAAAAAUGUGUUGAGUUAAAAUGUCAUAGCAGCUAAUCACAAAUAAUCAGAAUGGAAACUAAGAAGAAGUUAUUUACAUCUACCUUAAUAGAAUAUCAAGAUGAUCUUGAAGAUAGACUGUUGCACUGCGCCAGUGUUGUGCACAACUUGUCUAACGGACUAUCGGAUACAGAAAGACACGACGCCUACAAUAAACGGGGAUGCUCGGAUACAAAUCACGAGGAAGUAUGCCUCGGUCUGCUCAUGAACAUCCUGACGGACCAGCCGGAGGCAAUCAAGUCCUACAAAGAUCUGACGUUCCUCAGUCGAGACGGUUUUGCGAUCGUGGUCAGCACUCUCAAUGCGAUCGUACUGGACAAGUACGGAAAACUGACAGACGACUCCAGGAACCAGGUGCUUUGGCUCGUCCGAGAGAUGAUCAGGAGCAAAGUGGUCGGGGUCGAGCUUGUGUGCUCGAAUCUGUUGCGUCACGCGGCCGGCGGCGAUAUCUCGCCCAAGAACAUUUACUUGAUCGAGUCGCUGCUCAACAUCUUUCAGGAGCAAAGAACCUGGCUGGAGCAGACCUCGCACAUGAUACCGCUGGUUGUAUAUACGUAUCUUCGUCUACUCGAGGAUCACGCGUGUAACAGUGCUUUGGUCGCUCUUAAAAAUAAAGAAGUUAAUUUUAUUGUCACCCUGAUCAGGGAAAGGUUUAGCGACUGUUUGGUUAUUGGAAGAGAUUUUAUUAGAUUAUUACAAAACGUCGCUCGAAUACCUGAAAUCGAGCAGGUCUGGAAGGACUUGCUGCACAAUCCAGCGUCGCUGAUGUCUAAUUUCACGGGUGUGCUACAAAUCCUAACGACGCGAACUUCCAGACGAUUUUUGCAAUCUCGACUCACGCCCGACAUGGAGAAGAAGCUUGCCUUUCUUACAGGUUCCGUGCGUUUCGGCAAUCACAAGAAGUAUCAGGACUGGUUUCAACGUCAGUAUCUCUCGACGGCUGAGUCGCAAACGCUGAGGAGCGACCUGAUCAGAUUCAUCAUCGGGGUCAUUCACCCGUCCAACGAGCUGCUCUGCUCGGACAUCAUUCCGCGCUGGGCCGUUCUGGGCUGGCUAUUUACUACUUGCACGUCGGCGUGUGCCAUGAGCAACGCCAAACUCGCUCUGUUCUACGACUGGCUGUUUUUCGACCCCGAAAAGGACAACAUUAUGAACAUAGAGCCGGCGAUAUUGUUGAUGCACAACUCGAUGAAACCACAUCCUGCUAUAACGGCGACGACGCUUGAUUUCUUGUGCAAGAUAAUACCGAAUUUUUAUCCACCUUAUGAGGAAAGAAUAAAAUUAGGUAUAUACACGUCGCUGAGACAUAUUUUGGAUAAGAAGGUUUUGCCAACCUUACACCCACUAUUUGACAGUCCGAAAUUGGAUCAAGAAUUACGAAUAACCAUCAGAGAAAGGUUUAAGGAGUUUUGCCUACCGAGCACUGUAGAAUAUGAUCGUCAGGAUGUCGCACCUAGAGAAACAAAUAAUCGCAUUCAACACGCACAGUCUCCGGAAUCACAUGUAGACGUUUAUUUCGACAACGUAAGUCCACCUGUAUCCGCAGACUAUUCGUCAUUGAAUGAAAAUAAAAGAAAAAGCGAUCAUACGUUUGAAGACGGCGAGACGAAUAAAUCCAAAAACUUCCAUGAAGAUUCGGUAAAAAAAGAAGAAACUUCGAGCGAAUUAUCCUCGUUAGAAAGCUCAGAGUUGAAAGAUACAUUAGAAGAAUUACAAAAGGAAGUUGACAAGGAAAGAAAGUGUCAGCUCAUGGAAAAAAUUGUACAAAUCAUAUUAGAGGAUGACUUAGAUCCCGAAACAAUAAACGUAUUGGCAACAUGCCUCACGAAUUUCCUAUCCGACCAAAUAAAAGACGAUAACUUAUAUCCUCCAAAGGAUCCGGAUGCCGAAGAUGCACUUAUAGACAGUAUAAGUAUACCCUUAUUUAUUAUGUUUAGGAAUCAGUAUCAACUUCGUAAAGAUGACGAUGAUCGUAGCCGACUCCUUAUGACAGUUAUAGUUGAAAUGUAUACGAUUCAACCCAGAAUUGGAUACCUCUUACUGUACUUCCUAAAAGUUUAUGGAUUGGAGGUUGAAAAAAGUGAAAAUGAUUCCAGUACAAUUAUAAACUCUGUAAAAACGAACGUGUACAAAGAUUUUUGCGCUCAGAGGGACGACGAGUUUAAAAUUUGUUUAAUGUCAGAUUUAAAACUAUGUCAUAGGGACAACGUCCUGCUACUUUGUUACCUCAUUACCGACGUUUAUGCGCUAUUCGAGAGCAUUGCCGUGGGAAAUGUGGACAUUUUUCAUCUGGUGGCGCAGUCAAUCGAUCCCAACCAAUUACAGGACAUCGUUUACCAAAUUAUGCAGAGUCGCCUGAAAAUGUUGAAGAAAGAGUCGAUUCAAGAUUUUAUCGAAAAAACCUUAGAGUGGGAGAGUUUCGGGCAGUUUUGCUUCUGGCAGAUAUUUUUCGUGCACAAUAUCCGUUUGGAAUCAAUAUUACCAAUUGUAACGAGAUUAAAUACAACGGAUCACGCAGAAGCUUUGACAUCAAUCAUGUUUCUGUUGAAGCACGAAAAGCCUACCGACAAAAUCCUGGAAUUCUUGUUGUGUAGGGAUUGCAAUGACGAGGAGGAGGAGGAUACGUUCGUUAUUAGUAUUUUAAAAUAUUGGAUAAAAGAGUACGAGCAGGAGAUGACCGAGCUUCUGGCUACAUUUUUGACCUCUCGAUUUCCUUCGAAACGGAAGCGUUCAGGCGGGAAACAGUACAAAGUUCCGAAAGAGUUGCUCUUAAUGCACUUGAAUCAGCUACGCAAAAACUGCAUCGAUACAUCCGAACUGGAGCUAUUUAACUCAAAUGCCAUGCAAAAUGGACUACAAAUGGCGGCAGCUGGAAGUAACGAUAAUACGAAGAAAUGUUACAGUGAUUUGUUCGCGAUGGUUGAAACCAACGCUGAGCCAACAACAACGUCAACAACCACAAAAACCACUAACAAUGCUAAAAAACCCCCACCAAGUUCAAAUAAUAAUUCACACAAGGGAAGUAAAAGAAUAGCGCAUAAUUCGAAAGAUAGAGUUGCUAAAAGACCCAAGAAAGAUGAAAGCGACGUUGAAAGCGACGAAAGCAUUGAAUUGUUAAAGCCUAAGCGAGUGAAGAAGCAAAAAAAAAUCCUUGAAUCUGACUCGGAAUAACUGAUCAACG